UGUGCCCCCUCUAUCUGCCUCUGUUUCUUCCGGCGUCUAUUUCUGUUGGGCUGAAUGCAUGUCACUUUUUUUUUCCCUUUUCUUUUCUUUUCUUUUCUUUUUCUGUUUUCUUUUCCCCUUCGCUAUCUGGUCUUCUCGACGACUGUCGUACGCUAUCAUUAUAUAAUAUCGUGUCACGAUUUCGACCUAUUCUCCGGCGCCCAUCGUAGAUGGCAUGGUAUCAGAUAUCUUGUAGGGCAUUUGCCUGAACUUCAAGCUGUCUAUCAAUCUGGCAGGGUAGAACCCUAGCCCCAUCCGUCACUCACAGUCACCCGUCUGUCUACCGUCUGUCUACCGUCUCCCCCGCUUCUUGCCACACUUCCCACCGUAGUUUGGGCUCUCUUUAUCUUUGACUGUAGAUCAGGUUGAUAGGGAGUCUGUCUGCCUUCUUGAACAUACUCUGUCUGACUCCCGUUCUUGCUUCUACGCAAGUACAAUCAUCACGAUGAGAGGUAUUGCAGAUGGGAUCGUGGGGACGAUGAAUGUUCAUGAGAAAAUCUCGAUAAUAUCGACUAUCUCGUGAUUGAUA